AAUACCAGCCAACCCAGUAUCAGCCUCCUCAACCACCAGCUCCAAUUCAAGCUCAAGUACCUGCUCAAGUUCCAGUUCCUGUUCCAGCUUCAGUUCCGGUCCCAGUCCUAGCACCAGCACCUGCUUCUGCUCCCAGCCUCCGACCAAUUAUUCCGAGAUGGCCUGCCCACCCUGGUUGGCCCUAUAACCCGGGACAGUCAGGAUGGCCUGGACAGACUCCAUCCAACAUGCCUCCACAAUGGCUUCCACCCACUUCUGGACCUCUGAGCGUGCCAUUCAACUUGAACCUGGCCAGAGGAGUCUAUGACAAGAUGAUGAUGACCAUCUUGGGCCAUGUCAAACCUGAUGCUAAAAUGUUCACAGUGAACUUUCUGAAGGGCAACCACAUUGCCUUCCACAUCAACCCCCGCUUCAGUGAGGGGGGCAAACAGGUGUUGGUCCGUAACCACAAACUGGGUGAGCGCUGGGGCCCCGAGGAGAGGGAGCUGAAGGGGCCCUUUCCCUUCGCUUUGGGGAGCCCAUUCGAGAUGAAGAUCCUGUGCACCCCUGAGGCGUUCAGGGUGGCGGUGAACAACAUCCCUCUGUUUGAGUUUCGACACAGAGUCCUCGAACUCAACCAGAUCAACAGGAUCAACAUCCUGCACGAUGUGGUCCUCACCUACGUCAACGUGGAGACGCUUCCAUAGGAGGCAGCGCACUAUUACUCAACAUGUGUGGUGUGUAGGCUUCAUCUUUAUCUACAUCUUGGAGCUAAAUGAUUUGUGUAUCAUUAAGCUUGAAAUAAGUGUUUGAUUAUAUUGUGUUUUAUUAAUAAUGACAUGAGUUGUUGAUGCUACUUUCUUAAAAGAUAACCAUUUGAUACACAAAGCUUACUUUUUCUCUUUGUAAAUGAAACUGUUUUAUUGUUUACAAUACUUUUAUAAAAUUAUAUUUCUACUAACUGAGUAAUAUAUGUUUUAAUAUAAUAUAAAUGAUCUGUGUUAAUAUUUAGAUAUAAAAUUAUCAUUACGAAGUCUAG